AUGUGCCGAUGGAUCUUCUACUACGGCGAGGAGGUGUGCAUCUCCAAGCUCAUCUACGGCGCCUCCCACGGGCUGGCGACGAUGGCGGACAGCGCGGGAUGGACGCCGGGAUGCGCGCGCGACGCCGAGCGGAAUCACGAGGUGAACGUGCACGGAUGCGGGAUCGGAUGGUACGCGGCGACGCGGUGUGGGAUGGUGGAUAAGAACGGAUUGGACGCGUACUGCAGGCCGGCGGUGUACACGACGGUGUGCGCGCCGUCGCACGAUAGAAAUUUGAGGUCGCUGAGCAAGUCGCUCAACGCGUCGUUGUUGUUCGGACACGUGCGCGCGGCGGGGCCGGGGGCGAGCGUGCAUCAGUAUAAUUGUCAUCCUUUCGUCAGGGGACGGUACAUGUUCAUGCACAACGGCGAUGUGGCGGAGUUUAAGUCGAUUCGGCGGAAACUGUUAGGGCACCUGCGAGACGACUUGUUUGAUCAAAUCAGCGGCACGACGGAUAGCGAGUUGGUGUUUUCUUUGAUUUUGAACGAGCUGCCAAGCGUGUACGAAAAGUGUGAGCCGAAGACGUUGGAGAAAGCGGUGUUUAAGGCGAUAUGCAUCAUCAUCAAGGCGAACAAAGGGCAGGCGAACUCGAUAAAUAUCGCGUUGACGGAUGGGGAAACCAUCAUCGCCACGCGUUAUCGCAACUCGUCGCACGAGGAGCCGCCGAGUUUGUAUUUUCACCUCGGUCCGAUGCCGGGGGAGAAGGCUUGGGAUUUAGAUAACGCCGAAGGUUUAGCCGGGUUCGAUCGUUUGGUCGAUAGGGACAUUCACAGAAAUACGGGCGGUCCGCGUCAGCGCCGAAAUCCGGCUUUCCAAACCAUUCUGCAAAAGAAGAUUUUUGCGACGCAGUCGCUGUUGGUUUCGAGCGAACCGCUGAGCAUGACGGGACUGGCAAACUGGCAGCUGUGCCCACCGAAUUGCAUGAUUGUCGCUCAUCCGACGAGACCGACCAAAGGACGAUGCACGCGAGAAGAUUUAUUGCGAAGUCUGAACGAAGGCAAACGCCCGGGCGAUCCCAUGCACGAGCCGUGCUCGCCGUCCAAGAGACCGAACUCGAGCGACUCGCCGGUGUUGGAGAUCGAGUUCAGAUGUCUCGAAGAACUUUGCGACACGAUCUUAAGUUUCGAUAAAAGCGCGAGAACGUCGUCCGAGGUGAAUCUCGAAGGCAUGCAUCCAGCGCUUUCGCCGACGAAGAAAGCUGUUCGGCGCACGGGGAGCCUGUCCGAGCUCGGCUCGGAAAAGGACCCCAACGGAAUUCCUACCCCACCGCGCUCGCCCACGCCGAAAUCCGAUGAAAUAUCGAAGGUGGUGAAAGCGGGUGGCGGAAUGUUAGGAUUUUCUUCGCUGUCCAAAGAGCUGCGUUCGCUCAACGCGUCCAUUUCGCCCGCAAGUAGCGGAGGCGACAAGUCUCAGGUACACCCUAACUCGGCUUCGCGCGUGUCCGUAGAUCGACACGAACACGAAGCCAGCAGCAUACGUAGAUCGCUGAGUAUCAGCAACAAUAUGGUAGCGUCGUCUUGGCACGAAGGGUCGCGGUAUUUGUCAAAAUAAACGACCACGCUAUCGCCUCAAUUUUUCGCGACG